AUGAUCCCAUGGGCCGCUUUUAGCACGAGCGCACAAGAACCUGACUGGCGAGUCGAACUGAACGCUGAAAACAUCUACUAUUAUGUCGAACAUGGUCCAACCCAAUAUAAACGAACCAUGGACUCUCCCAUGCUGGGACUGGCACAUGAACGGCAAUUUGCCAUUUCUCAACUCGGAACCAAAAGUGUCGGUUUCGAACAGCAACACAUUGCCUUAAUGCAGCAAGCUCUUCAACAGCUCAAUACUCAUUUCACCACCCACUCAACACAUGAACCAUGUCACCCGACCUCGCCUCACUCGGAGGACCUGACAGAUUGCCGGCAACCGGUGGACAGUUACAGCCCCUUGCCGCCGCUUGAUAUUUCUGACGAGCCCUGCUUUGAACCCUUAACGCCUUCGCCGGUGACGGAGCUGGAAAGAUGUUCACGCUCUCCCUUGAACUUACAGGAGCUUAUGAAUCCUGUGCCACUGACACCCGCGAGUCUGAAGAGGAAAUCAUCCGAUGAUCUACUGCCAAGUAUCCUUGCCGACGAUGAGGCUGGACAGGGAGCUGAUGUCGAAGAGGAUUCUCUUCUUCCCCGCCAUUCUCUCAUAUAUCCUCGAGCAAGCCACAUACUAAGCAAAGGUGAAGCCACUCGCACACGGCGAGGCGUGAGAAUGCGAAGAGGACGAUCCAUUCAGAGGCACCAUUCAAUGCAAAAUUCCCACGAGACGGAGCGGUUUGAGAAGGAGGGCCAGCUACUACUCAACCUGGCGCAGAGCCCAAGGUCGAUGGGAUACUCGACUUGA